AUGGCGAAGCGCAAUCCGAGAGUCUUCUUGGAGUUUCAAUUUGGUAACAAGAAAGCCGGUAUAGUGGUUAUAGAGCUAUUUGCGAAUGUGGUACCGAAAACUGCGGCGAAUUUCGAGGCAUUGUGCACAGGGUCCCGAGGAGUUAGCAGCGAAACAAAAUUGCCUUUGUGCUAUGCUGGCUGCAAAGUCUUCAAAGUGAUCCCAGGACAGUUUAUCCAAUGUGGAGACAUAGAGUACAAUAAUGGUAGAGGCGGCGAGAGUAUAUAUGGUAGAACAUUCGAGGACGAAAAUUUUAGCUUAUGGCAUGCGUACGCUGGAGUAGUCUCUAUGUGUAACGACGGUCCAAAUACGAAUGGGUCUCAGUUCUACAUCACGUUGAAGUGGUUGCCUCACAUGAAUCGAAGAAACGUUGUGGUUGGUCAAGUAAGGAUGGGUAUGGAGAUCCUAAGGGCGAUGGAAAAGAUUCCUGUGGACGAGAGAGAUAUUCCGAAGAUCCCGAUCUUGGUGAGCGGCUGCGGUUUAUAUGAGGGAAGUACCAGGCGAGAGAUUUCAGACCCCGCUGUCAAGCAAGGUGAGGCAUUGCUUCAGUCAUUAAUAAACGGCGGUCCCAAGCCGCGGAAUGCCUUACUAGAACUGACUAAGGCCCACAUCAUGCGAAAAAAAGCACUUGAGAAUGAAACCAUGAAGGCGAUGCCGGAAGGGGCUAAUGACCAGAGUGGCCAUGACCAGGGUGGCAUCGAUAAUAAUGACCAGGGUGGCCGUGACCAGGACGACAAUAUCAAGAGCGAUAAUGACCAGGGAGACAUGGCCGAAGGAGAACGGCAUGGGGUGAGUAACGAGCUGCCGGCUGAAUCAGCCCAGUCUUCUUCUCUAUCCGCUGCGCUUCCAGAUCGGACGGAAGCGAAGGGUGAGCCCAUGGGCCCUAACCCCGAGCCCACAGUGGACGGCAAGGGAUGGCAGGGAGCGAGGAACUGGAACGAGGAGAGAAGCGGGGACGAGGAGAGAAUCGGGGAGGAGGAGAGAAGUGGGGAGGAGAGGAGGAGGGUGGAUAGGAGCAGAGAUAAAGGCGGCGAUUCGGAGUUGCAGAGUCGGCUGCACAAUAUAGGGCAGUUGAUGGAGGAUGUCAAACACCUGGACAAGCGCCUGUUGCGACAAGGACACCCUGCGCGUCCGGUUUCGCGGAUCGAGGCUGCUUCUAUUGAGUUCCGAGACAAGUACGAGAGUGUCUCUGCGGCGGAGGCGGCUCGCGAGCACAUGCGGGAGCUGGACAAGGCGGAGAGACGGCAGUACAACUUCUCCGUCUGGAGUGAGCACUCGGUUUACAGGUCGUACGAAAAAAAGCUGGCUAGACUACAGAAGAGCCGAGUCGCUACCAGCCCGGCAGCCGCCAGCAGUGCCCUCAACGAAGCAACAGGGCAGCUGGCCUAUAACUCGAUCGGGGUCGUGGCCCACGCAGCGACGACCGCCACCGGCAACUUGGGAGCGAUCGUCAGCAAGACAAGGAUCAAGAAGAAGACGCGACCGACCAAGCUGACCACGGUCGGCGACGUGAACUACAUCAACCGCAGGAAUCAGCUCUUCAACAAGACCCUCGAGAAAGCGUACGGCGAAUACGUCCACGAAAUCAGACAGAACCUAGAACGUGGUACGGCUUUGUGA